GCGGCGGCGGCGAGGCCGGGGGAACGGGGAGCGCCGCCGCCGAAGACGAUGAGGAAAUUUAACAUCAGGAAGGUGCUGGACGGCCUGACGGCGGUCUCCGCCGUCGCCUCGGCGUCGUCCGCCGCCCAGCAGCAGCAGGCGGGGAACCGGGAGACCGAAAUCCAGGAGACGCUCCAGUCCGAGCACUUCCAGCUCUGCAAGACUGUACGCCAUGGUUUCCCCUAUCAACCUUCAGCCUUGGCAUUUGAUCCUGUUCAGAAAAUAUUGGCCAUCGGGACUCAGACUGGAGCACUAAGGCUCUUUGGUCGGCCAGGAGUUGAAUGCUACUGCCAGCAUGACAGUGGAGCUGCAGUAAUACAGCUUCAGUUCCUGAUUAAUGAGGGAGCUCUUGUGAGUGCCUUGGCUGAUGAUACCUUACACCUGUGGAACUUACGUCAGAAGAGACCUGCUAUACUUCAUUCCCUCAAAUUUAACAGAGAACGGAUAACGUUUUGUCAUCUGCCUUUCCAAAGUAAAUGGCUGUAUGUGGGCACCGAAAGAGGAAACAUUCACAUUGUCAAUGUGGAAUCAUUUACUCUCUCAGGCUAUGUCAUCAUGUGGAAUAAAGCCAUUGAACUGUCAUCCAAAUCUCACCCAGGACCUAUUGUCCACAUUAGUGACAAUCCAAUGGAUGAAGGAAAGCUUCUGAUUGGCUUUGAGUCUGGAACGGUGGUAUUAUGGGAUCUGAAGUCAAAGAAGGCAGAUUACAGAUACACACAUGAUGAGGCUAUCCACUCUGUGGCUUGGCAUCAUGAAGGAAAACAAUUUAUUUGUAGUCACUCAGAUGGUACCUUGACCAUAUGGAAUGUAAAAUCUCCUACCAAACCAUUCCAGACAAUCACUCCACACGGAAAGCAACUGAAGGAUGGAAAGAAGCCAGAACCCUGCAAACCUAUCCUUAAGGUGGAAUAUAAAACAACUAGAGCUGGGGACCCUUUCAUCAUUCUCUCGGGAGGCUUGUCAUAUGACACUGUAGGAAGAAGACCCUGUUUAACAGUUAUGCAUGGGAAAAGUACUGCUGUGCUAGAAAUGGAUUAUUCUAUUGUUGAUUUUCUUACCCUCUGUGAAACACCGUAUCCUAAUGACUUUCAGGAACCUUAUGCUGUAGUUGUUCUCCUAGAAAAGGACUUAGUACUCAUAGACCUUGCACAAAAUGGGUACCCUAUAUUUGAGAAUCCCUAUCCUUUGACUAUACAUGAAUCUCCGGUUACCUGUUGUGAAUAUUUUGCUGAUUGUCCUGUGGACCUCAUACCUGCACUCUAUUCAGUUGGCGCUCGACAGAAACGUCAAGGUUACAGUAAGAAGGAGUGGCCUAUCAGUGGAGGCAACUGGGGUUUGAUCACUCAGAGCUAUCCAGAGAUAAUCAUUACAGGGCAUGCUGAUGGGUCAAUCAAGUUUUGGGAUGCCUCAGCAAUAACUCUGCAAGUUCUCUAUAAGCUAAAAACAGCCAAAGUAUUUGAAAAAUCACGGAAUAAAGAUGACAAGCCAAACACAGAUAUAGUAGAUGAAGAUCCAUAUGCUAUUCAGAUCAUCUCAUGGUGUCCAGAAAGUAGAAUGCUGUGCAUUGCUGGAGUUUCUGCACAUGUCAUUAUUUACAGGUUCAGCAAGCAGGAAGUCACAACAGAAGUCAUUCCGAUGCUGGAAGUACGUCUGUUGUAUGAAAUAAAUGAUGUUGAAUCUCCAGAUGGUGAGCAGGUGCCACCUUUACCAACUCCAGGCACGGGUUCCAAUCCUCAGUCCAUUGUUCCCCAGUCUCAUCCAUCUACUAGUAGCAGUUCAUCUGAUGGACUUCGUGAUAAUGUCCCAUGUUUAAAAGUUAAAAAUUCUCCUCUCAAGCAGUCUCCAGGCUACCAAAUCGAGCUAGUUAUCCAGCUAGUGUGGGUGAGUGGAGAACCUCCUCAACAGAUAACCAGCUUAGCAGUCAACUCAGCAUACGGCCUAGUAGUUUUUGGAAACUGUAAUGGUAUUGCCAUGGUUGAUUACCUCCAGAAGACAGUGCUCUUGAAUCUAGGCACUAUUGAACUGUAUGGCUCCAAUGAUCCUUAUCGCAGGGAGCCACGAUCGCCCCGAAAAAGUCGGCAACCGUCUGGAGCAGGUCUUUGUGAUAUUAAUGAAGGUACAGCAGUUCCAGAAGAUCGCUGCAAAUCGCCCACUUCAGGUUCUGGUUCACCAAACAAUUCUGAUGAUGAUCAAAAAGUGAAUAAUUUUAUAGAAAAGGUGAAGACCAAAAGCAGAAAGUUUUCCAAGAUGGUAGCCAAUGACAUAGCAAAGAUGUCCAGGAAGCUAAGUUUGCCAACUGAGUUAAAGCCUGAUUUAGAUGUCAAAGACAACUCUUUCAGUCGAUCCCGGAGUUCUAGUGUAACUAGCAUUGAUAAAGAGUCCCGUGAGGCCAUUUCAGCUCUUCAUUUUUGUGAGACUUUCACAAGAAAGGCCGAUACAUCACCUUCCCCAUGCCUGUGGGUUGGGACCACGCUGGGUACAGUGCUUGUCAUUGUACUGAACUUACCCCCAGGAGGAGAGCAAAGACUUCUUCAGCCAGUAAUUGUUUCUCCUAGUGGAACUAUCCUGAGGCUAAAAGGGGCAAUCUUGAGAAUGGCUUUUCUGGAUACCACAGGAUCUCUGGUCCCACCAGCACAUGAACCAUGGAGAGAACACAAUGUUCCUGAUGAUAAAGAUGAGAAAGAUAAAUCGAAGAAGCGACGACCUGUCUCAGUAUCCCCCUCUUCCUCUCAGGAAAUCAGUGAAAACCAAUAUGCAGUGAUAUGUUCAGAAAAGCAAGCAAAAGUUAUCUCACUGCCAUCCCAGAACUGUAUUUAUAAGCAAAACAUAACAGAGACUUCUUUUGUUCUUCGUGGAGACAUAGUGUCAUUGAGUAACAGUAUCUGCCUUGCAUGUUUCUGUGCCAAUGGACAUAUUAUGACUUUUAGUUUGCCAAGUUUAAGGCCAUUGUUGGAUGUAUAUUACCUGCCACUCACCAAUAUGCGGAUAGCCAGAACAUUCUGCUUCACCAAUAAUGGACAAGCACUCUAUCUUGUCUCACCGACUGAGAUACAGAGGCUCACCUACAGCCAAGAAACAUGUGAAAAUCUUCAGGAAAUGUUGGGUGAGCUCUUCACUCCUGUAGAAACACCAGAAGCACCGAACAGGGGGUUCUUUAAAGGCCUGUUUGGAGGUGGAGCACAGUCACUUGACAGAGAAGAACUCUUUGGAGAAUCAGCAUCUGGGAAGGCAUCAAGGAGUCUUGCCCAGCAUAUUCCAGGGCCUGGGGGUAUUGAAGGUGUCAAAGGAGCAGCAUCUGGUGUAGUUGGUGAACUAGCACGAGCCCGGUUGGCACUAGAUGAAAGAGGACAGAAACUAGGAGAACUGGAAGAAAAAACUGCAGCUAUGCUUUACAGUGCUGAUUCUUUCUCAAAACAUGCUCAUGAGAUGAUGUUGAAGUACAAAGACAAGAAGUGGUACCAAUUCUGACGAUGCUCAUCUAUUACGUCUGUUUAAUUUUGUCCUGAUGGAAAAAUCUUGUUUUUUCAUUAAUUUUGGCAGGACCAUUGAAAUCUAAAGGAGUAUUCAUCAUUGGAUACUGUUGUUUCCUAGCACAAAUCACACACUGAUUUACCUCAGUCGUGGCUUUAACUGAGGAGCUUUAUAUUUAAAAGAAACACUCGCAAACAAACUUGAGUGUUUCUUAGCUGUUGGUUAGCUGAGAGUUGGAACAGAGAAGGUUACUAGAACACGUGGAAAAGAGGGUAAAGGGAAAACUUAGUGUGAGAUGGGCAGGGGCAAUGCAGGGUCAAUCCUGUGUUAAUAUUUCAUAUGCCAAAAGUUCUUGUGCUAUUGUAAUUGCUGCCAGUGUUAUACCCUCCUGUGAGGAGAGGCAAUAAAUCAGGGGUCCGAGAGGUGGAAUAAAGUUGUUUGUCUUGCUGGACAGUAGCUGACUUACGCUUAUCCUCUCUACAACUCCCUGUAUUUACCAUUAUUGUUGGAGAAGAGUUGAAGUUUGCUGUCACUUCUUUCAUCGGAAAAGCUGGAAGCUUGGAAGAUUUCAUGUUGAAAAUUGUAUACAUAGUUGACCUGUGCAUAGUCUUUUCUUGGACCCCUGAUCGAGUAUUCUUGUAUUCACAUCAUAUUCUGUGAAGUGCAAAACCAGAGAAUACACAAUUUUUGCAUUAAAAAAAGUCAAGUGAAUAAUAUGACUGGAAUGUGUCAUGCUGAGAGUUUUCAUUUGUGUUAUGGCCGUGCAAUGUGAAAUGUGGUAACAUCUUCAUUGUGGUAAGACUACUUCAACUUCUGUUCAGUUACACAUAAUUUUUUGCCAAAAAUAGUUAUCGGUUCAGUUUUUAUAACACUUAGAAUUGGCUGUGGGUUCCAUUCAUGCUGUGAAUUUUUAUAAAUGUUUAACAGAAUGUAUCUUUACAGCCAUUAAUUAAAAUAGCUGAGAUAGUUUUGCUCAAAACUUAAGUUCUAGAUGCCCCCUUUAGUCCUUUACUAUGAAAUCAGAUAAUCUUGGACUCAGGUUUUCAAACAGUUUUACACUCCAUGGAGGUGCUGAUGCAUGAAUAAUGGCAAGUAUCUAAUAUUUAAUAAUUGCCAGUAUCUUAGCAAAUUUCUAAAUCCUGCUAGUAGAGCUAUUUCAGAAGUACCUAUCUCAGCCCCACCCAGCACUAAAGGCAGUUUGGAUUUAGUCUCUAAAGCUGCUGUUUUCCGAUGUGGGCAGUGGUAAGUGUCACUAAAGAAAGCUUCAGGAAUUGCUGAAAUAAUGUUCAGUUUGGGUGAGAUAAAUGAAAUAGCUGAGCUAACUUGUUAAAGGCUGCCGCACUAAAGGAUUCCUUAAAAUAAAUGUUGGCAUUUCAAAGAUUAGUUUUGACUUUUUUUCCUCAAAGCAGGAGUAGUAACUGAUUGGUUUUCUUUUAUAAAAGGGAGUACUUAGAAGCUGAUAGGUCUACAUUGUCUGAAAUUAAUCAUUUGAGCUUGCUUCUCCAAGUAUCUCAUCCUGUGUGAUUUUUUUUUUUUUUGAUACACUUUCCAAAUGUUCCCAAAGCAAAACCUUGGUUAUAUUUGUAUUGUAAAGUGAUGUUGCAGAGAUGUUGCGUAGAUAAGGCAACCUUACAAAACACUUAAAGGAUACAAAAUAUUAAAGUUCCUAGUGGUUCUUAACUCAUUUUUCAAGUGAAGGGCAAAUAUGUUUGGGCUUUGUAGCACAAAUUGAUGUUUUUUCUGAUUUCGUGUAUAGUAACAUCGAAUUUAAAAAGUGAAUUCUGUUGCCAAUAUAAGGGCAGGCCAAAGAACAAAGUUCUCUUCCAAAGAACUUGACAAGUGAGAACAUGACAGAUUGAACAAGCAGCAUCAUGAUUUCUUGGUGGCUCUGUCCCAUACCUACAGAGGCAGUGAUAGCUCCAGUUACUUAACUCAGCUUGCCACGCAGUUUUUGCCUCUGUAUGUUAAUUAAAUUCUUUUUUAGUGUCUAAUUAAUGCAUAUUUAACACCAUUUUGUUUAAAAUCUGGAUAGAAGAAAUCCAUAUCAUUUCCAAAAAUCAAAUACCCUAUCUGACACUUGUCCCCUUCCUUAUCUUACAUUCGUAAAUUGAGAUGACUGAUUAUUAUUUCAAGUGGUGAAGUGGAACUACAUUUCAGAGCAACAGAAUCCUGGAAAAUUAGUCUGGUCAGGCUCUGUUAGAGAAGAUGACAAAAGUACUCUUCAGCAAAUCGUGGUAUCAGUUCAAUGGAAGAUGAAUGACUUUAAAGCGUACUUACCUUUCCCAUCAAGAAACAUUUGAUAACCACCAGCAAGUUUAAAAAAAAAAAUAAGAGGCAAUGAGAGACCAUCUGCCAGUACAAGAAGAGUAGUGGCUUAUUUGGUAUUAUAGAAUUAUCUUUUUUCUGUUGCAUAUAUUCAGAGCAUGCUUCGAGAUUUGAAAACUAAUGAAAUGAUUGCUCAUGAGAUGAAUACACAGAUGGUUCUUGGUCAAUAAAUGGGGCCAUGUACAAUUUUAGUCUAAAAUGUUCCCUUUUCCUUCUCUGUGGAAGGAAGUUGAUCAUACACACAUCAUUGCAUCUUAUUCUGCUAUUGGUGGUGCACCUUUUCUACAGCAAAGUCUAUUGAAAUUCUUGGGGGGCAAGCACCCCGUUUUUUUUCACUAGCAUUUUAGUUGUGUGAAUCUUUUUUAGAGUGUUUGGAAAACUAUAAAAUACAAUAGAGCUAUUACUUUUUCUUAUUUUUCUGAUGGAAGUGUAAGAAACUGCUGCUACCUAUCUGUUUAUAUGUAGUCUCUCUCAUUAGGAACUGUCAAUUGAAGAAGCUUUUCUUCACCUUAGUCCUGCCAAAUUGUAACUUUGAAUGUUGAUAUGUGUAAAUAUGCGUGUAUUCCAAAUAAGUCUGAAAGUGUUACACCACAGGCAUCUCCAGUGAUUUGUUCUUCGGCAAAGUCAGUUAUAAAAUAUAGUAAUAUAUAGCUGUGUUCCUUGUCUGUCUUUAUGCAAAGAUUUUUGCCUGAGGUGGUACUUGCAUGGCAGGUGAUAUUGGAAAGCUACAUCCAAAGGAGGAUUUUUGGAAGCAAGUUAAUUUCCUUUUUUCCUUUUUGUUUUCCUUUUCUCUUUUCCUUUUUUUUUUUUUUUGCUUUAUUAAUGGCACUGAUCUUACCUGAACUUUUAAACUUGAAUUUCUCCUGCACUUUAAUUCAAUCAUGGAUUUUAUUCCUUAAUUUUGUUUCUAUAUUUGUGCAGUUCAGGUUCAUUAUUUGUAUAUAAACACACACAUUCAAUAAAGACUUUAGAACAGAUUACUUUUGGGCACAUUUGCUAAUUAUGUGACUAUCAUUUAGAAUGUGUGUUUUCUUAGCAAAAUAUGUAUAUACAAGUAUAUACAAUAUAGAAUCUAACGAAAGGCACUUAUCCUGUGUCAGCAUUGAGUUUAUAAAUUACUGCAACACUUUCAGAUUUGUUACUAGAUAAUACAAUGAAACCUGUUAUAUUUAUACAUACUGCUUAAGAAUAUACUUUUAGUUUUAAAUAAUUUUUAUAUGUACACUUCUACCUUUAAUUUUAAAAAGACUUAUGUUCAAUUUUUAAGUCUAAGUACUUAAAGUAUGUAUAUUAUCCAUAGAAGAAGUUGUUUUAAGCUUAUGAAUACAUUCAUAUCUCAUAUCGAGAUGAUACAAUUACUAAGCAAUGAAAACAAAUAGCCCAUUUUGCUUUGCAGAAAAUAAUCAUACUUAUUUUUACCUCCCUUUUGAAACAAAUAAUUCCCUAAGUAUGGAGAGGGAAGAUAGUGCAUUCAGAAAACUAACCUAAUGUAAAAGUUUUCUCAGCUGCAGUCUGUGGCUGACUAGUUUUCUAUGAUUUCUUUUUUUUUUUUUUUUUAGGUAUACACAAGAAAGGCUUUUUUCUGCUCUAUUCCUUGGACUCUUGAAAUUCCCUAAAACCGAAGUGGGGUUUGUCCAAUAAAUAUUUUCUUUGAGUAAUGUAUAUGAAUCUUGAUUAUACAUCAUCUCUUCUCAUGUAAAUCAGGGGUUUUUUUGUAUACUGAAUGCAUGUUGAAAAACUUACAGCCUGUGGCUGAAGUGCCCUCUUCUUUCUCAUCAUGGUUAAAUGUACCCAGGUGGGUAUUGAGAGCAGCUGAAGGUUGUGGGGGAGGAAGGAGCACAAAGCCUGGUGGCCCUCCCCUCUCCAAGUUGCAAGGUAACUUGUUGGUUGAACCUUUUCUUCAUUCUAGCCAAUUUCUUGUAUUAAUUUACAUGAAUCUUUUCUGGUGGAUGUUGAGAGCUUUGCUACUACCACAAAAUCUUCAAAUACUUUGUAGACAAAACUAAAUGAUGUUUGAGAGGAGGAAGUAAAAUAGAAAAAAAAAUGUGUAGUGUAGGCGAAUCAGCUAAACCAAUUUUAUUUCAGUUUUCAUUGAAAAAGUAAGUUAAGCUGGGCCAAUUUCUCCUCCUUAUGCAUGUUACAGAGAUGUGCUGGAUAUCAUCUACUUCAUUACUGUGUCGAGCUAGAGGAGUGUACUGUGGUUUGGGGUUCUUUUACACUUUAUAAAGUUUAGGCUUAAAGAUGGGGGCAUUCAUUUAAAAAAAAAAAGAAAAAAUAGAAAAUGAGACAAACAUAGAACAAUCAAAUGAAAGAAAGGUGUCAAUCAGUAUUCCUUUUAGUUUUUCCGUGUAAAGCGCCUAGAAAUGUUUAAGCCAUACAGCUGUAGGUUCCUUUGACACUUGUAUUUGUUUCUGUUAGUACCUCAGUUACAUAUUACCAGGCAACUAAUAACUAGAAGUUAAACUGUUUCAGUUGAAAACAUGUAAGGAGUUGUAUGUGGAUUACCACUACCAUUCAGUAACAGGUGAUGCAAAGGGAGAGGGGUGGGAACAUGUUUUAAAUAUUCCCUUUUAAAACGGAAUUGUAAAUAAGCAGUACUGUGUUAUUUUAGACCUGAGCUCUGCUAUCUGUAGUGGUUAGAACUAGGAAAACAUGCUGCUUUCUAGUUAUGCUACUGUUUCAUUGUACCAGCACCAUGGGGGAAAAUAAAAAAACAUCAGUAAAUUUUUCUAACAUUGCCCACUUGUGGGUGAGCAUGCUUGAUGUGUAGCAGUUCUCGUUUACGUAUAUCUUAGUGUGUACAUGUGUGUUUUCUUUUUUCUUUUUGUUCAUUGCAACUUCUUCUUCAGUUAAGUCUUGCUGAGCCCCACUAGCUCUUCUGAGGGUGAUUACUGGAAUAUGCAUUUUUAGGUAGGGUUGCAAAUCCAUCUGUCUACAAAUAUAGUUUCAUAUGAACUGCAAACUGUACUGUUACAAACACAACUAUGUUAGAUUGCAUAGAGUUAUUUUACUUACAUGUACUUGAACUGAACUAUGUCAUCAUAACAAAGUUAAAUUAAGUAUGGAAUAUUUUUGUAAAUAAAAAUACCUGUGCAGCUGGUAUUUUAAAUUGAAAAUGUAUUAUACAUUAAUGUUUCAGAAAAAAUGUUCAUAUAUGUGUAUAUGAAUGUGUCAUUAUGCUGAAGGGCUCUGAUUGGGCAAAAUAAACUAUUCAAAUCUCUCCUGAAA